AUGGCACCCCAAAUAGUACACGAUCAGGCUUUCAAGAUGGCUUCCAAACCGAUAUCCUCGCUUUUCCCCGACCGACCUAUACGACCCUUACCGAAGCGGCGGCUUAAAGAGCGGCUAACUCCCGAGGCAGCCGACUCGAUCCAGUACCCUCCCGCGCCGCGGAGCUCAACAUCAUUGUUUUCGUAUCCAUACUCGCUCUUAGAGGAACCUUCUGAAUCUGGCUCGGCACCCUCCCGCGAGGUGGCGUCUCGUCAUGAGCAACGCAAGCCGCAAGGAAAUGAGGUGGAGGGCGACCGAAAAACGGAGGAUGGCACACCUACCCAAGGUGCAGUGAGCCGAGCAGCUCUACAGCAUGCCAACCUCGCCACACGUCCAAAGCUAGAGAAUGGCCGUUAUGGAGACUCGCUUGCGCUCCCCUCGGCGGCGUCUUCGGCGGACGGCUACGAUCUUUUCGAGAACACUAACAAUAAGAAAAGGAAGAUCCCGACGGCGGGGGAUUCUGCACCGGGUGGGGCACAUGCGAUUAGUGAUUCUUCCACCGGAACGGGCUCGCUUACAUCUAGUGCCCAAUUCGCAGACGGCGAGGCUGGGCCGGGAGGACCACCAAGCCACGUUCAGGUCACUGGGUCGGCGGAAGCAGUAUGUGGGCUUGACCCUGAGCACGAAGGUACAUGGCUGACAGUUACCAAAGGCGAGAGCACUGGCAUCAUAUCGAAUGCCAUCGCCAAGGCGGAAAAGCUUCCACCGCACCAUGGUCAGGAGAAUAUCAGCCUUCUGCAUCAGCCCUCGUCCGCUAAGCGCAGCCCGGCGUCGACUCAGUUCACAUUCACAUGCGACUCACAGGUCCCUGGGUCAUUGGCUUGGCCAGGUUCUGACCGUCGGAUGGCCAUGCCCCAGCACGCUGCGGUGAACCAAGGGAAAGAGAAUUGGCCUCGUGGCCCCCAACCGGCGCAGGGCGGGCAUGCCGUGUCGGGAAUGCCGCAUGUCGCGGACGCGGGCACCAAAGAGGCGUCGUCAAGAGGUACUCAUCAUACAGCACCGCCUCAGAAGACGUCCCGCCGAAGCGCUACGAAGGAGUACCUGGCGGCGGCCAAGGCGCGCCGUCGGGAGACACAACUCUACAACAAGCGUCACCCUCCGAAACCCGAAGAGAUGUGGGUCUGCCAUUUCUGCGAAUAUGAGUGGAUUUUUGGUCACCCGCCCGAGGCUUUGGUUCGGUCGUACGAGAUCAAGGAACGGAAACAGCGGCAGUUGGAAGAACAGCGGAGAGCUCAGUGGGAGCGGAUGAAGAAGGGGAAGCACAAGGGGAAGAAGAACAGCAAGCUUCCGGCUAAGAACGGCAACGCUGUGCAAGAUGUGCAUCACCACGCGGACAACCGCGCUGCAGGUGAUCAUCAUUACGACCACGGCGAUCAAGGGGAGGAGUACUACGACGACGAGUAUUACGAGGACGAAGAAUACGACGCCGAAGAAGAGGUGGCCAUUGAGCAUGGCCCAGGAAGCGUUGGACGGCAUGCCGAUGUUCCAGGUCAUUUUGGUGACAGUUUCGCGGUCCAUGACGGAGGGGGGACGUAG